AUGGUUUCAACAAGAGAUAAGUUAUCUAGAUACAAACCAGAAAUUGAAUUGAAAUGUGGCUUAUGUGAUCAUCCUGCUGAAUCUAUAAAUCAUCUAUUCUUUGAUUGCCCUUAUGCCAGGUCUGUUUGGCUAGCUCUUAAUAUCAAUGUUGGUCAUGUUAUGACUCGAUAUGGCUCUUUCAAGAACUGGAUUCUAUCUUGGUUCUCUGCUGGAUCUAAUCUUACUUUUGGUGCAGUCUGGACCAUAUGGAAGGACAGAUGUACUAAGAUUUUUCAAAACAUCAGUCCUAAUAGAACCAUGUCCAUAGAUGUCAUUAAUAGAAUGGUCUCCACGGUUCCUAAUUCCUGUAAUACUAGUAUUGGUGUUUUGCAGGUUCAAAAAUGGAAACCACCAGAUGAUGAUUUUGUUAAAUUUAAUUUUAAUGCUUCUUUCAAGCAUGAUACAUUACAAGGAGGCAUUGGACUAAUAGUAAGAAAUUGUGCAGGUAACUGUCUUGGAGUGCAAGGGAAAUUCUUCAAUGGAGGAAUGAAGAGAGGAGUAGAAGUUGAGGAACUGAAAUGCAAAGCAAUGAUAGCAGCUGCAAAUUUGGCUAUUGCAAAGGACUUCAACAACAUUAUCUUUGAAUCAGAUUGUGAAGCUUUAAUAAAAUCCAUUAAUGAACUAAUUUCUUAUGUUCAUUGGAUGAACCAAUCUUUAGUUUUGGAUAUUAGGUUUCUUUUAAGUAAAAUCAGUAGAUGGAAAUGUAUUUCAAUUAAGAGAGAAGCUAAUGGUUUGGCUGAUAAGCUGGCUAAAAUGGCUAGAUUAUCUUAG